UAUUCUGUCACCACAAACUUGACAGUUUAUCUAACCUCAAAUUAACUCCAGCAGAAGAAAAUUUUGCUUAGAUAUCAAUUACUGACAAAUUAACAAGAAAUGGACGAUAAUCCGAGCAUUGUUAUAGUGAGUUGCAGCAACACAAAACCCUUAUCCUUAAUAAAACUCAUAACUAAGGAAAAACAACUCGAUCCUGAUCCAAAAACGGGUAUCAUCAAAUGUCCCUGGAUAAUAGACACAAAGUAUUAUAAAGCUACGGUUAAUAUUAUCGGAAUUGACGAAAUGUAUAAAAGAACACCAGAAUUCAACGAAAACGUCGACGCUGUGAUAAUACACAUGGAUUCCAAUAAAGAAUCAGGUUUAGUCGAUUUGAAUCUAUGGGAUGAUUUGAUCAAAGAGUGUGAACCUGAAAUAAAAUUGCUCAUCUCAAACUACUGUACCAAUGACACCAAAAUUACGAAAACAAAUGCUCUUCGGUGGUGCCUUAAACAUGAAUUUGAACUGAUUGAACUCUAUCCAACUGUAGAUAAUACUCACACUGAUGAAGAAAUAAUCAAAGAGAAGUUUGGAGUUGAUAGGAUCAUUGAAGCAUUACAAACACACAUGUGGCCCAACUUAGAAAUGAAACAGAAUGAUAAGAUACCUUCAUCAAAAAAGAUUCCAAAAGAAGUCCAAGAAAAUGUUGAAGGUACAGAUCAAGAUGGUACAGAUGAUUUCACAGAGCUCUUUUCACAGUUUCACAUGAUGAAAGACAGUUUUCAGUCAAUGCCGGCUAAUCAACGCAAAAAAUAUGCUGAGGAUAUGGUGACAGCGUUCUGGAAGGCAAUUGGUGGUGAAGAAGAGGAAUUGUUGGACAUUUGAGUUUAUUGUGGAUGCUCUUGAUAUUUAACAUGUAUGUAUAGGAGUAGAAAGUACAUUCUAUCUUUGUAUGUGAUAAUUUUUAUAAUAGUAUUUAAACUUAAUGUUAAGUAUAAUGGAAAAAUGAUAAUAUAAAUACAGUGUAAAAUUUUUA